AUGGCGUCACUUCAUCCCAACAUCAAUGGGACCUUCAGUCCUACCACGCAACAGGAAUCAACCGGCGAUUCCAUGACUCUGUCUGCAAAGAGAAAACGCGACGAAACCAGCGAAAUUAAUCCUCACGCGAAUAGCAUCAAUAAUGUCCAGAGCACCGGACUGCCCACGGCCGCGUCCAUUGGAGAUACUCAAGCAAACCUGCGGGAUCUGAUUGAUGUUCUGAAAGACCUUGCACCAGUGUCUUCUUCUCGCGCCCUUACUGAUCGCGGCAUCAGAUUUGAUACAAUACCCUCAAUUCUUACGCGGCCCCUUCCUCCUCGCACUCCUUCAACAGAACCACAAGCCAAGCGGCAGAAAUCGGAUGAUGCUGCGGAUUCCCAGAGCACCAUCAUUGCGCGCGCUGCGUCUCAGGUGUAUCAGAGCUUCGAGGAUGUGAUCGAAGAUAUCGACCGGGCGGUGUCAGACAUCGAAGAAAAGAUGCAACUUCCGAACCCGUCUAAUAGGAACCAGUAUAUCCCAGCCACCGAAGCUCAGUCAGAACUAGCUUUGAACGUCUCUGCUUUUAGGAAACGAGCACAUGAAAUUGCCAGCAGCUCAGUUAACAGUGGUUAUGCUACGAAUGGCAAUGUGCCGGCUUCACCAAUCAAUGCCGGAGCUGGCGACGGGAAGAUGGUCCUCACUUUAUACGGAAACGCACCGGGUCCAAAGCAAUUAUUUUCCAGCUUCCAAAAGCCUCCAACUGUUGAUGCUAAAAACGCUGUACCACCAAUCCGAGAAGCUGGGUUGCCCAAUGGCAUAACGACGACAAAGAUCCUUGCCUUACAGUCGUCCAAUCUAGUGGAGCAAACUAAACAGAUCACCUUAGGAGACCUGUUUCCAUCUCCUGCUAAUCUGCCGCCGUUGCAGCCCCCCAAACCGUCAAAGAACUCAACUACCAGGUCCUCCAAUGUUGGAUGGUAUCAGCCCUCUCCAGUAGAACCAUUCUCCAGAAGCGGAGGCUAUUCUAAAGCACAACUUACGUGUGGCCAAUGGCUAGAUUAUAGCAACGCAUCUCCACCACAAAGCUCGAAGAAAAGACAACGCGAUCGAGCGAUGAGCCUUGGCGGCGCAAAGGCUCCAGUCCCAGAAAACAACGCCGCGGACUCCGAGACGGCAAGACAAGAAGCGUUGUUUAGGAGUGCCUAUUCCAGUUUCGCUCCUACGAAGGAUGAUUCUGCAGCUGUGGCACCUACUAGUGUUCUCGCGCGCCUAUGGUGGCAGCAGUCUGGAGAGCGCCAUUUCGAACGUCUUGUGGAAAAUGUGACAAACCUAGACUUAGCAAUUACAUCGAAGUCAGAGUCGCCCAUAGCCGCGACGGACGAUGAAGAAAUGAAGUCGUUCGAAGAAGCAGUUGAAAUCUAUGAGAAAGACGCUAUCGAUCCUAGCCUCGUCAGCCUCGAUCCGGCUGUCGAAAAGUCAGUUGAAGAGAAGGACGUGGAGGAGGUUCUCGAAGGUAUAUCCGAAUUGCUGGAAACGCUGAACUCCUAUCAAAGAAAUCGGCAUCUGUCACUUAAUCCAGCUGCUGGCCGACCUGGAAUUCUCUCAGCCCCGGAUACAUUGAGCCUUGGCACACCGUCUAAGCCAAGUGACUCUGAGCAAGCCACGUAUGAAAUGCUGAAGUCACAGCUAACAUUAAUGAUUUCAACCUUGCCUCCUUACGCUGUGUCCAAGCUUGAUCCCGACCGUCUGGCAGACCUCCGAAUCAGCACAAAGAUAGAAGUUCGCCUUGAUGAUUUUAGGGGUGUAAUGGAGGAGGACGAAACUGCUGCCAAAGUCAGAGCAGCCGCUACAGCUAACACCGCGUCCGUCGCUCGGGUUGUGCCGCCGACGACUCAUCGAAGUAGCUCGACCGCGCUGUAUGGCAAUCAGUAUUCUGCUCCACGUGCCCCAAGCACCCCAUCUCAUGGAUAUUACGGGGCCGCCCAAACCCCAGCACGAACUCAACAACAGAGCGUCCAGCGUGCACCAUCCGCUGGGCCUGUUUCUUACACGGCGCAACGACCUACCGCGCCUGCCCCAUUCCGUGGAAGCCAGCCAUACAAUAACGCUCCAGGUUAUGGACAGGCAACGCCUCGUCCAACUCAACAGUAUCCGUCGUCUGGCCAAACGCCAUAUUCGUCGACGCCAGUUGGUCAAUCAUAUAAUAUGCGACCAACCACGCACACUUAUCAAAACACACCUCAGCCGGUGCCACAGGCAGCAAUGAACGGGCGAGGCUAUACACCACAAUCAGUCUACCCUCAUCAAGCCCAGACUGCUCAGAAUGGGCAAAAUUACGGUUACAAUGCAACCCAAAACAUUGCUCGUCAAAGUUCACCUCAAACACCUAUGUAUAGCGCACAAACAUCGCACCUUCAGGGUCGCGGCUAUGCUACACCCGCUGCAUCUAAUCCACAAUUCAAUCGACAAUAUCUGCAAGCUCCUAUGGUAAAUGGAGGAACCCCGCAGCCGGCACUCAACGCGUACAAUCAACAUCAGAGCAGCAAUCCAACCGGAUACAAUACACAUUUGUCUCACCAGGAACAAUCGAACAUGAUAGAGCGCCAGAGGGCACAAAUGCAGGCGCAACAAGCCAGUCAGCAGCAAGUAAGAAAUACAGCACCAUCAUCUCUAGGGGGUCCGGCACAGGCUCAGUCGAAUGGUGUUGCUGCUGGGCAAUGA